AUGUCUAAACCAUCGAUACUAAUUGUUCCCGGCUCGUUUACUCCCGGCCACGUCUAUGGGAACGUGAUGGAGAGAGUGGCCGCGAGGGGCUACGACAUCAGGGCACUGCAAAUGCCGAGCGUUCGUCUCGAAACGGAGUCUCCCACAGCCAGGAAGCCGUCAUCCAUGUAUGACGAUGCGGCAUUCGUCGCUAGCCAGGCCGCUGCUCUUGCGGACAACGGCAAAGAUGUGAUAAUCAUCUCGCACUCGUACGGGGGCGUGCCUGCUACGGAAUGCGUCAAGGGGCUAGCGAAAGUCGCGAGGCAGAAGCUGGGGAAACAGGGAGGCGUUGUGAGGCUCGCUUAUAUGACUGCUCUAGUACCAGCGCUGGGGUCUUCAGCAAGUAAUGUGCUGGAUAUGGGCGAGCGCCCCGAGGGGGAUCGCCUCACUAUGGACGUCGAUGCUGUGGGUUGGUUGACAAUUCCAGUUACAGCAGACACUCUACGCCUCUUGGUACCUGGUCUACCGCAGGGAGAGGGUGAGGCAUGGGCUGGCAAGAUGACAGCUCACUCCGCAGCCAGUUUCGGAGAUGCAUUGACUUAUGCUGGCUAUAAAGACGUGCCAGUGUCAUACCUAGUCUGUGAGGAGGACCUGGUCAUCCCGGCAGGAAGUCAGAGUCGUAUGGUCGAUCUGGUCGAACAAGAGACUGGCAGAAAAGUUGAUGUCACAAAGAUCCCUGCAGGCCAUGCCCCGAAUGCCACCGCGACGCAAGCGGUUGUUGACUGGAUCAUUCAUGUAGCGGAGAAGGAUGAGAAUCUCAGUGUUUAG